AUGUCUUCACUAAUAACAGCUGUAUUUAAAGCCACUAUCGGCAUGUUGGUGAAUAAAGGAAGAGAUAAACUGGCAGAAAAGUUGAAUGAGGGUGAUGUUACAGAUCAGAAAUUCCGUGGCCUGAUCGUCCGUGAAAUCGAUGAAAUAAAAUCGAAGUUGGAUGGUUUAGCAAGAACGCCUUUGAAGACAAGUAUGAGCCUUUUUAAAGAAGGAAUCGAGUUGUUGUAUGAAGUGUUUGAAAGUGCCAGAUCCAGUACCGAGAAUCGCGCGAUAGAAGCCGCUGCAACAGCUUGUGUUGAGCAAUUCGAUAUUGCUAAAGAAAUGAGGAAAUUACAGCUUACUGCCUUGGAUGAGUCGGCCACGAGGAAGCUUAGCGCAGCGAAGGAGACAUUUAGUGACGCUCGAUUGGAAGCAAUGAGAGCUUUUAGUAAUGAAGCUUUGGAAUUACCUGAUCGCCUGUUAGCUAUGCAAUAUCGACUGAUGGCUACGAUACUGAGGAAUAUUGACAAUCCUACGGACGCAUUAGCGGCUUGUAGAGUCUGCCUUGACGAGUUACACCAAGUGCCAGCUGUUAAAGAAUAUUUCAAAGUUGAGUUGGAGGAAGGAUUAAGAUUGAGGGCUCGCUUUAAUAAAGACGAAAGAAGGCAAAUAAUUUUUUCUGUCUGUCACGCUAAUCGUGUGAUCUAUGAUGUAAUGAGCAUGCUCGGUAGUGUAAAAAGGUGGACUUUGCCUGAUGUUGAAACUGGGAAAGAGAAAGUGGAUCCACUCCUCAACGAAAGAGUUGUUAAAAUACUGACAAAACAAGGUAAGGAGCACUGCUGUGUUACACCAUGGUCAUUAGGUCACGAGGGUGAUGAGGAGCACAAGCUGAAGAAUCCGCUUGGUAUCGCUACAAACCAUAGAGGCCAAUUCCUGAUAGCAGACAAUGGGGAUAAAACCGUGAAGGUGUUUGAUAGCAACGGAAAGUUUGCCUUUAGGUUUAAUCCUCAAACUGAUGACGCCGAUACAAAGUUAGAUAUUUUGGAUGUCGCCACUGCAGACGAGGACGACCGGAUUUAUCUUCUGGUCCGACUGGAGAAGCCUGGGGCUGAGGAAUGGGAGAAGGAAGUGCAGGUUUUUAACAAGACUGGUGACCUACAGCACAAGUUUCCUGUGAGGAGAGGGGGCUGGAGACUAACAGUGACCAGCGGCAAACAACGCGGCAAAAUUCUGCUGUUGACAACAGGUGACCUGUUGACAGGUGACCUUGUUGAUAUUCAUGAGCCGAGUGGUGAGUUCGUUUGUAGCUUUGGUGGAGGAGUGUUCAAGUAUGCAAGAGAUAUCACUGCUACUUGUGAUGGUCGCGUCAUGAUAGUGGACUGGGACGAUCACAGUUUGUACAUAUUUGAUGUGGAGGGACACCAGCUUGGCAAAUUUAAUAUCAAAUAUGAGAGAGAUGUCUAUGAUCGCAUUGCAUGUCACCCGGCAAGUGCAGACGAUGUUGUCCUUGCUGGUUAUGAACGAGAGACAAACCGCCUGACGCUGGCUAUAUACACUGUUAAUGGCGAAUUUGUUCGCAGAAUUCAGCUGGAUGAAGUAGUAUCACUACGGUCUUAUUUCCGUGGAAUAAGAGUACGUGGAAUAACAGUGACCGUGGAGGGUCACAUUGCCGUGGCUUUACAGGAUAUUACAGACGAAGAUACUCUCCAAGCAAAGGUAAUUGUUGUUUAAAACUAAAAAAUUCCAAGACACAAGUCAACAGUUCUUAUUUUACUUUCAUGAAUAAAUGUCAUCAAGGCAGAUGUUUAAAUUUAAUGCUGCAGUUGACUGGAAUCACUGGACAUGACUGCAUUAAGCCACAUACACUGGCUUAAGGUAUCUGCACCGGCAAAUUCUGCACAUUUUAGGUGAUACACUGACAUCCAAUGUAAGAGUGUUUUACCUACAUGUUAGACAAUAACAUUGCUUUUUGGUCCAUAAGGAACAAAACUAGUGAAAAAAUUGUAAGGCUACAUCACUCUAAAGGUGUUAUUUUAAUUACCCCCUGGUGGUGGCAUGAAAAGAGAAGAAUUCAAAUUUCACAAAAACCACAACAGUUUGUGGGAAAAAUGAAAUGCAACACAAACAGGGACGCAAAAAGCAACAAUCCUGUGUUUGACCAAGACACAGCUCCAAGAAAUAUGCCCUCUAGAGGGCAAUUUGUUGUUUUGUAAUUUGAUCCCUUUUUGGACUUCAGUAACUCAGCCGUAUGAUAAUUUCAUUCUUUGGUCAAACACAGAUCUGUUCAUCAACAUGCUCUUUGUGUAUGUGCCAAAUUUCACGAAGAUAUAAUGAUCCAUUCCUCCAAAAAACUGGUUCCCGUAAGUCAAGGUAAAUCGGUCACGCAAAAUUAACGCUUUUCCAGUGUAAAAAAGCUUAUUUUCUUCUCAAAAUCAACUGUUUUUGCUCGAUACUACCAUCACAGACCUUCUUGACCGCCAUUUUGAAUCACCGCUGUGUAAAAUGCUCGUGGAAGCCUAAGAAAAUGCCAAAUGACCUCUCUAUAGCCCCCUUGGAUUUUGAUACGUGACCAGUUGCUAGGUGUGACGCAUUUCCGGAAGAUGCCGUUACUCAGUGUCAGCUAUAAUGCAGUGAAGCGCGCCGAAGUAUGAAGAUUGAAGAAGAGUUUUAUUCAAAAAUGAAAAGAAUUGCUUCUGUAAAGUGAAAGAAAUUGGUAGAAAAACAGACCAGAGGAUUAGGGGCCAAGAAAAUGUUUUACUCUCCCGGCAAAAUUGUUAGAAUAUAUCAGGUGAGAAAACACACCGAUGUAUUGUAAAUUUAAAACAAUAAUAAGCCCUGGAAAACGGAGUAUAUUUCAAGAACAUAACAAAUAUUGACAAGUAGCAAGUAAUAUUAGUCAUCACAGCUUUAACAGAAGCAAGAAAAAUCAAGUUGGACAUACAGCCGCUGUAGUUUGUCAAUGAAUCCAAGCAGUGAAUAGAUUUUGUUCAGCGCAUCAAUAGAACUUGAUGCCGAAAAGAGGAGUCAAAUUGCGCUACUACCGUUCUUUUUCUUAGUAACGGAAAUGGAAAAUUUUCUUUAACUUCCGGUAAAUCAGUCAACUUUGGAGUAGAUUUUCUCUUAAAUGCGAAGGUAUAUUCAAAAAAGAACACCAGAUAUGCAUAUUACAUCAUCUGAACUUACUGUAGAAAGAUUUUGAGGGCAAAAUAAAAUGUUGAAAAUUUGCCGGUGCAGAUACCUUAAGUUCACUGAUGUUUGUAGUAAAUCUUGUGUUAUCGCUCUAUAAACUAAGAAACCAAAACAGGUAAAAUGAAUGCGAUACAUGUACAGGAAACACUCGCUAAUAAGAACCUAACUUACAUUUUUUUUGAGGUCUGGCAAAAAAGGUUCAUUUAUUUUGGGGUACGUUACAGAGUAAUUAAGGCUAAGUACAACUGUAGGUUCUUAAUUAGGUUUUUAAUUUCUGUGAAGGAGAUGAACGUAACAGGGUGUCCCAAAAGUUUGUUCCUCUAAUUUCAUGCUCAGUAUUAACUUUUGAUCAAAACUUUAUUUUUACAUGAAAUUUCUAAAAGAUGUUUAUUGCUCUAUCAAGUACAUGAUUGUAUUCAGAAGUUCAGUAAGCUGCAGGUCCCCUUUUUUUUCUUAUGACAUUCUGUAGCCAUUGCACAUGGCAUAGAGUGGGAUAAGUCAUCAUAGCGUCUAGAGCCCCAUAUGAGCCACUUUUAGCUUUUUCAUCACCUGGUACACAGGAGCCACUUUGACCCCCAAACAAUAUCAUUUUUUUAGAUUAGGCAGCCAAAAAUAUAUUUUAAGCAUUCAUGUAAAAAAAAGAUAAUCAUCCCGGCCUCUCUCUGCAGUAAGGUUUGUUUACUUCUUUGCCAAGGAGACUAGCUGAACGUUGCUUGGUGGACUGAGCAAGGUUCUUUUUUGCCAUCUCACAGGCCUCCAACCGUCUCUUUCCAGGAAACUGCCCCAGACUUAGCUUGCUAACUGUUUUGAGAGCCGCCUUGUUAAGUUUUCUUUUCUUUUUGCCCAGCCUAUUUUAGAACUAUUUUAGCUGCUUUAUUCAGGACUUUAUGUUCUCCAGCAGGUUCUUAAACCACAGUUUCUUAUUAGUGAGUGGGUGUUUACUGUAAGUACAGUAACAUUCUUUUGUUUCUUUAACAAUUGGUGGUAUAAUAAUAUUUUUGUUUGUGCAGAAUGGAAAAUAAUACAAUCCAGAUUCAGUUGGUUUACAAAAACAUCCUCAUCAUUUACCAGCUUCUCUAUAACUCUUUUUGUUAAAGAUUCAGGUUUUUAAGUUUGAAAUGCUCUACAUUGUAACUCAAUCGCAUGCCACAUCAAAAUACACCUUUGAAAUCUUCUUCAGGAAAAAUAUUUUAUGAUGCUCUCUAAUUAAAAUAUUAAGCUUGACUCCGGCUUUUAAUGUUAGUAUACAGCUGUAGGUGAAACUCUGCAGCAAUCACCUUAAAGAUGGAGAUCUCUAAGUGUUUAUUAUGGGGAGAUAGGCAUAUAAAGCCUUGUUUCCAUAUGAUCAUCCCGAUCACCCCAGUCGUUUAAAAAAGUUUUGAGAUGAUCCAGACAACUGGGACGAUAGGUGGUUUCCAUGUGAUCGUACGGGUGCCUCAACGACAAGAGACACGGGGUGUCAUCAGUGAUGUCUCUGAGUCAGACAAUAGAAUUUUUGUGUGGGUUUCACAAACAAGCCAAACAUACAUGUAAUGAUGGAUUUUAAAUGGUGAGCAAAUCUCGAGCUAUGCUAUCUUUUUUUUCUCUCUAUUCUGUGGUGUCAACAAACUAGAAGUCAGUUCCACAAAGAUAUUGUAUCACGUAUAGAACUUGAUGAAACAGACUUUCUCUUUAAUUCAAAUAGCACCCAUACGUGAUGUGAACAUUUUUAAUUAUUUUUGACUUCAGCGGCAUCCAGGCCGAAUAUAUUCUCAAUUAAUGGAAUGAUAGUGAUGAUUUCUGGGAUAGCCUUUGAUCGUCCUGAUAGUCUCAGUCAUCUGAGAGCAUUUCCAGAUCACUUCAAAAUUUACACGAUGCUCCCAAUCGUCCGCAUAGAACUCAACUCUAUUCACGCGAUCGAUAGAGGUCAUCUCAGUCAUCCAGGUCAUUUGCGAUCGUCUGGGUAGGGUUUUCAUAUGAUUGUCCCGAUCAUCUGAACAUUAUUUGAGGCAUCUAGGACAAUCACAGCACAGCCAAAAUGUGUCAAUGACAGUGUUAUCAUGGACAGACAUAAUCAGGGAAAAUCUAUAUAAAUAGUUAUACAUAUGAUUAUAAAAGAAAUGUGACUUUUCUUGGCCAGAGGAAAAUCAGGAAAAGUUUGCAAGUGGUCCGGAAAAGGCAGUUAAUGUGAAGGUCUGUGAAAAGUCAGCCGCAAGCUUAUUUCUGGUAAAAAGUUUUCAGAAAACGCAGUGAAAAUCAUUUUAAAAAAGUCAAAAACGAAGAGUAGAGUAAUAUUGAUUUUUGGGGGGGGGAAAUUUUUUUAUAAGUUUCUGCUGCUGAAUUAAUAAACUCUAUAUGAACAACAAGCAAACAAAACCUCAGGAAAAAAAAGUUGUUUACGGACAAGGCUGCUGCCUAACGGGCGCCCGGUCGCCAGAGGCGCCCAAGGUAAGAGCAUGGGCGACCAAAUUUCGGUACAAGGAGCCCGCGCGGGCGCCUGACUUAACACACGGCAUUAGACUUAACCUCCUUGUACAUUAUAUUCCUUUAGCUGGAGUAGGACUUUAAACAGUGGAACUGUUGAUAUGGUUAGCGAUGAUGCGAUUAGGCAGUAUAAAAUUUCCACAAAUAAACCGUAAAUUAUGUAAACCUAACGUGUUCAACUGUGAAGCUUUGUCGAAACGAACGAAGCCAUCGUUUCCGAGUCCGGAUGGCAGUUGAAGACUGGGUCUGAGAUUUGACUUCCAAAUAUGGAAUAGCAAAAUUAUGGGCUGUUUGUUGCCUAUGUUGACAUUCGUGCAGUUCAUCGUUUGCUUGGGUUUUCGUCGAUUUGAUAACUUUUUUGUGGCGAGAAUGGGAAGCUAUCUUGCGUGCUAUCGACUGGACGUGCUUGAUGUUCGAUUUCAUGUACCAGUUUGCAACGUAUCAGCAUUUUCAAGAGACUUUAAAAAACAACACGCCAGAGAACGCAAGGAGAGGAUUGGUCUACUUUAGAAAGUUUUUGGAAGACUAGUUAAGUUGUCAUGUGGAACACAACUGUUACUGAACAAAUGUGAAAGUCAAGUAAAUAAUUCUGAGUUGAAAUUACCUACUGUUAUGUUAUUCUUUUAUUGUGAAAAUUGUGAAAAUUCCUUUUACACGCAAAUUAAGCCCCUCAAAUAUUUUUCCGGCUCAUGAAUGUGUAUAAGAAAGGUAAGAAGCAGUUUAAUUGUUACAUUUUAGAAAAUUCUUUGAAGGCUCUUCUAGGUCACAUUGAACACAACAGAUGUGGAAGUUAAUUGAAUAAAUUAAUAAAUGAAAGUAAAUAAUUCGGUUAAUUCUUGUUUACGUGUUAUUUAUUAGGCCCGGCGAAUUCUUAUUAAAGUGUGCAAGAACCUCUAUAACCUAUGUAAUGAUCUUGGAAAAACAAUACAUGGAUUUCAAACUGGGCUCCUAACAAUGUGGCUCGGGCUCCUAACUUUAAACUUUAGGAGCCCGAAGGGCUCCCUAAAAUUUUUCUUAGGCAGCAGCCUUGACGGAGCAAAACAAAGCAAAUAAGGUGUUGACUGAGAUCUAGAGUUUAUACUUCAAGUUGUUUUUUGCAUAUUAACUUGAAAAGAAGCUAUGACAUCAUUGCCUAUAACAUUAAAAUGCUGUAAAAUUAAUAUUAAUGGCCUUGUGCCCAAAUCUUAAUCAGCUAACAAGAUCAUUAUUUAACCACUGCUAGGAUUUUGUUGCAUGAUAAAUAUGUGGAAAAAAUGAAAAAUAUUAAUGUAAACAUGCCUAUUAGUCUGUUAUUCAUUUAAUAAAGUUAUAAGCAAUAGAUGUUUAUUAUUAAUUGGAUAAACCUAGCCUGGUCAUGUCCAGUGAAGCCAACCAACUGUAUACAUGUAGGAAAAUGCAAACGCGUUUGAUGACAUUCAUCAUGAAAAAAUCUGCACUGUUCACUUACUGUUGUGUCUUCGAGUUUAUUAGUUUUAAUCAACAAUUUAUAAUGAAAGGGUGUGUGGAAAAAAAAUUCGUAACUUUUUUUAGAUUUUUACAAAAAUGCAGGCCGGUAUUUUUGGGUUUUCAUGCCUGUGAUUUGACAGUCUGCAAUUUUUACUAACAUUUAUUAUAUAGACACGAGUGUUUUACUGGAAAAUAUACCACUCGUAAAAUUCAUAAAAACUACAUCCGGGACCCGAGUGGUUUAUUUUCCAUAAUCUCACACGUGAGUUUAUCGAUGACGUAAUGUCGGUAAUUUCCCUCUAUUAUUUUAUCAAUGUCUUUUUGUCUAUAUAAUAAAAAGAACAUUACACGGCGGCUUGAAGAUAUGAAUUUUAUUUUCUCGUGGCAAAAACAAUAUUUUACGAACGAGCGGAUUAUCUUCGCUCCACUGUGUAAUAUCCUCUAUAUAACACUAAAGAAUCUAUGCAAUUUGUUUUGGGACACGAAUUUUCAAUAUCGAGAUUAACAUAAUCAAGAAGCCAAAUAAGAAGGUCUAAAUUCCGUGUUGAGCAAGACAACAAGAAAAUGGCAGGGUGAUUUUAUUGAAUAGCUGGAUGUUAGUUUAUACAAGUGCCAAACUUUCCAAUUACUUUUUAGGGGCAGUGUCAUCAAGGUUUUGUGCUACGUACUUCAAAAUCCAACAAAUGCAUUAUUUUGCAUCAUUAAGAAAAUCCACCGAUUCACUAUUUUCACAUAGACCAUAAUGCACCUUGUUUGCCCCCAAAAUUUUGCAUAAACAUUCUUUUCAAUAUUCAAUAUUUCUCUUGAGAUAUAUGACUGUAAUAUCCAGGAGAAACUGAAAACAAAAUGCAAAAUUUUCGGGGUAAACAAGGUGCAUAAAUUAUGGUCUAUGUGAAAAUGGUGAAUAUAGUAACCUUAAUGGCCUCUCUAGGCAUCAUUAAAAAGAGAGUUUACACCAUAAGAAAACUUAAGUGCAUGGACAAAUCCUUAAAAAAGUUGGGCUGAUCCGUUUUCAAGUUUGCUGGAGUUACAUCAAGUGGAAAAUCUUUUCAAAACCAUUAAAAAGAUAUUGUUAUUAUUAUAGUUCACUUGUGCUUUUCAGAAUGAUUCAAUGUCUUUCUCAUCAUUCAAAUGUCAUUUUGUGUAACUCUAUAUAUGGUUCUAAACGGGCCUUAUACCAAAGUAUGUGAUUUCUCUGCCGGAGUAUAUGUGUAUUUUGCACAAAACAGUCAGAGUUGGUUAUUAAAACAGAGCCUUACUGAUAGAAUGAGGUUUAAAAAAAUGUCUGGGCCCCCAAAAUAGAUAUUAAAUGAUCUUUUCAGCCUAGCCUGGAAGGCUUUUUGAUGCUCUUAACAACAAACAAUGUUUUCUAGAUAUGGCCGGUAAGGAUGGUAAAGUAAUUGAAAAAUGACUUAGAAUGUGCAAGUUCUGUUAAACACCACCUAAACUUUGUUUUAAUAACCAGCCUUUAGUUUCAAUUUCUAGAUUCACAAUUACCUAAAAAUUUUAGAGUCUACAUUGUGCCCAAAGCAAAGUGGCCUUUAAGGGAACAGGUCGUGAGUUGGUUUUUGUGUCCAGAUUAUGCAAACUUUGGACCACAAAUUAUGAGUUAAAGUUGCCUUUGUGUGUUUAACAGAAAGCUACAUGUACAUAAAUGGAGUUAAUAUUUCUUAUCUCUUAAUUAGUGUUAGCCCUUUGUGGGUUUAUAAAUGGAAAGCUUUGUAAAUAUGCCACGUUAUUAAUACUGCUCAAGCGUAAGUAGGUCAAGAUGGCUGGAAUUGUUAGGGGUUUCAAUGUUUUAAUGAAACAAUACAAAGUUUGUGAUCAACAAGUUCUUUAACGUACGUAGACUAGCUGGCGGUUUCAUUUGGGGUGUCUAAGAGACAUCUCUCACUUUACAAACUACAAACGAAAACAACACCCUGCACACAGCAAACAAACCGCCAGCUGCAGUGCGGGCUACAAGUUCUUGGAAACUCAGUGUUUUGUUGCAAGUUUUCCUUGGUUGAAAGUUUUUUUCAUUCUUAAAUAAAAUGAACCAAGGAUGAAAAUGAAUUUCUACAUAGGCAUACCGAUAAUUUAAGACAGAAUCCACCAGGAAAUUGAGUAAUUUUAAUUUUCAGUGGACAAAAACAAAAAAAACAGAAUAAUUUAAAGAAUUUUGCAUUCUUUGUUUUACAUUUUUCAAGGGCUGAAGAUGUAAUAAAUCAUCUGUAGUAACACCAAAGAAAAUUUCUCAUGGAAGUCCGAGAAUUAUGAAUGUCAAAUUUUGAGAUAUGUCCAGAAAUGCACGCAUUGGCGAAAAUGGCAGAAAUGGCAAUUAAUCGCCAAACUAUAAACAAAAAUUCAAAUGAGAUGGCAAAGGGGCCCUUUGGAAAGUGGCGAUUAUGGCGAAAAUGGCGUAUUUGGCGAAAAUGGCAGAAAUGCUGGUAAUUAAUCGCCAAAAUCGCCAAACUGUAAACAAAAAUUCAAAUGAGAUGGCAAAGGGGCCCUUUGGAAAGUGGCGAUUUCGGCAAAAAUGGCGUAUUUGGCGAAAAUGGCAGAAAUGGCGCUUAAUCGCCAAAAUCGCCAAACUGUAAACAAAAAUUCAAAUGAGAUGGCAAAGGGGCCCUUUGGAAAGUGGCGAUAUUGGCGAAAAUGGCGUAUUUGGCGAAAAUGGCAGAAAUGGCAAUUAAUCGCCAAAAUUGCCAAACUGUAAACAAAAAUUCAAUUGAGAUGGCAAAGGGGCCCUUUGGAAAGUGGCGAUUUCGGCGAAAAUGGCGUAUUUGGCGAAAAUGGCAGAAAUGGCAAUUAAUCGCCAAAAUAUAAACAAAAAUUCAAAUGAGAUGGCAAAGGGGCCCUUUGGAAAGUGGCGAUUAUGGCGAAAAUGGCGUAUUUGGCGAAAAUGGCAGAAAUGGCAAUUAAUCGCCAAAAUCACCAAACUGUAAACAAAAAUUCAAAUGAGAUGGCAAAGGGGCCCUUUGGAAAGUGGCGAUUUCGGCAAAAAUGGCGUAUUUGGUGAAAAUGGCAGAAAUGGCAAUUAAUCGCCAAAAUCGCCAAACUGUAAACAAAAAUUCAAAUGACAUGGCAAAGGGGCCCUUUGGAAAGUGGCGAUUUUGGCGAAAAUGGCGUAUUUGGCAAAAAUGGCAGAAAUGGCAAUUAAUCGCCAAAAUCGCCAAACUGUAAACAAAAAUUCAAAUGAGAUGGCAAAGGGGCCCUUUGGAAAGUGGCGAUUAUGGCGAAAAUGGCGUAUUUGGCGAAAAUGGCAGAAAUGGUAAUUAAUCGCCAAAAUCACCAAACUAUAAACAAAAAUUCAAAUGAGAUGGCAAAGGGGCCCUUUGGAAAGUGGCGAUUUCGGCGAAAAUGGCAGAAAUGGCAAUUAAUCGCCAAAAUCGCAAAACUAUAAACAAAAAUUCAAAUGAGAUGGCAAAGGGGCCCUUUGCAAAGUGGCAAUAUUAGCGAAAUUGGCGUAUUUGACGAAAAUGGCAGAAAUGGUGCUUAAUCGCCAAAAUCGCCAAACUGUCAACAAAAAUUCAAAUGAGAUGGGAAAGGGGCCCUUUGGAAAGUGGUGAUUUCGGCGAAAAUGCCAGAAAUGGCGAUUAAUCGCCAAACACGCCAAACUGUAAACAAAAAUUCAAACACGAUGGCAAAGGGGCCCUUUGGAAAGUGGCGAUAUUGGCGAAAAUGGCGUAUUUGGCGGAAAUGGCGAUUAAUCACCGAAAUCACCAAAUUAUAAACAAAAAUGCAAAUGAGAUGCCAAAGGGGCCCUUUGGAAAGUGACGAUUUUGGCGAAAAUGGCGUGCACUAAUCUUGUAUCUUUUCAUCAGCCACAAAUAAAAAAAAAAUUAGAGUUGGCCUCGUUCUUAAAACGUGUUUUGGCAGAAAUGGCAAUUACUCGAUGAAAUACCUAAUUUGUCAAGACAAAUUGAAAUGACAUAGCAAAGGGUCCCUUUUGAAAUGGCUAUUAAUUGCGAAAUAGUUACCACAUAUUAAUAUAAAAAUGUUUCCAAUAGUAUAAUUGUAUACUAAUAAUGACAACGCUACUGUAACUUAAGUGUCAUUAAUCUGUUUUUAAUGCUUUUACCUUUAAUUGAUAACCUCUUGUGAUUUGAAAUUCGUGCCAGACAAGAGUGUUUGGUCGGGAAUUACCACUUAUAACUAAUUUCUUGCUCAAUUCAAAUCGAAUGGCCAACGAGUUGUAUUCGAUUAUCAGUAAAUGGUAAUCUUCGUAAUGUUCAUGGCAACUUUCUUACCAAAAACUCCAAGAUAGGUAUCCUUAAUUUUCCAGGCUUGUAGGCAUUGUUUGAAUAGCGACAGUUCAACAUUUUAUGUUAUGAGGAAUCCAGGUUGAUUCUUGGCUACGCAUUCAGAUAAUUAGAUGGUCCGUAUUGCCUUGUAUAUCCAUCCUGUUUGUUAUAAUGGCGUUCAAUCGUACAAGUAUAUAUAAACGAGCUGGUUCAUUGCAGUUUCACAGAACAUGAACGUGUAAGGUUUAGUAGUUGUUGUAUAGACGCGGCGGCCAUGUUGAAAUAGUCGAUUUUGGAUAACUACUUUAUGUAAGUGGAAACGAUUAGUGUCAUUCCCAGCCGACUUUGGUGGUCACUCUAUGUAAGCAAAACGAUUAAUGUCGUUUACAGGGACUCUCAGGCAAUUGUUAAAUUAGAAGGUAAAAAGGCCGGGUGACGUGUUUCGACAAGCAUUAGCAUUAGCAAUUUAAUGGAACACAUAUUGUACUGAGAAUUGGUUUGGUGGUCUCAGCGCAAAAAAACAAUACAUUUUCUAAAUUUCUGGCCCCACCUCAUAAAGCAAUAAUGGGACACAUUUUUUAAGAACGAGACAAACAUGUACACUCUCUUUUUAUAUAUCUAGGUUGAUGAAAAGAUACAGAAUUAGUUUGAAUGGGAUAUGUUUUAUGAAAGAGACAAACAAGUUAUUAAUUUGAUCCAAUGUUUAUGUUCAAUAAAUGCGGUGAAAUAUUGGGCACAAGUGACAUUUCGUGCAGGUUUACAUCAAGUGGAAAUAAGGGAAUUCACACAUUUCAAAAUGGCGCAUGCAAGCUGCUGGACAUUUCGGCUUUCGUUACUUUUAGGGGACCGUUUCUCUAAAGAGCAAAACAAGUAAGUGCGAGAAGAAAGUGAAGAGUUUAAACGACGGAAGAAGAUAAUGUGUAUAGUGGAGAACCAAAUGAAGGGCACACAAUGGUUAUCGUGAAAGCAUCUUUUAGCCAGGAACCAUGCGUUUCGCAAUCGCUUUUGAUUUAAGGCUGCCUCACAAUUUAAUGGAACCAAUGUGAAGAGAAUUGUAACCAGUGAGGAUUGUUAAGGUCUACAUCGAACCUCAAAAGUUAGAGUGUCCAUGGCAAGGAAUUAUUAUGAUUUCAAGGACUUGGUAGUUCUCUCCUCGAGUAAUUAGUGGACUUGUAAGUCUUUGAAAUGAAUGAACCAUACAAAAGCAAAUGAUGCUAGUGUGAUAUUUCAGCGCAUCACAUCACUUUUGGUAAGUCAAGCGACAUCGAAAGUAAGGAAAUGUUUACUUAACCUGUGAAGUACGUGGCACAAAUACAUAUUAGCUUAACUGAAACGACUUCCAUUUGUUGUUUUCAGAUAUAUUUGAUUCACUUGUAUUUAAUAAAAUAAUGUUGUUUGACAGUUAGGUAAAGCUGCUUUGUCAUUUAUUUGAUUCAGUUGUAUUUGAUAAAUGUUGCCUCACAGUUAUUGGGGCCUCUUAUUAGGCAAGUAAUUUGAACUUUUUUUUAGUACUGUUGCCUCACAGUUAUAAGGAUCUCUUUAGUUAUCCACUUUGAAGGGGCCACUUUUGGCAUCCAAUUUGAAUAUUUUGCCAUAUAUCGCCAGCUCUCUGGCGAUUUUUGCCAAAAUCGCCAAUUUCGCCAGAAUCGCCAUUUUCGCCAAAAUCGCCAGCCUCCAAGGGGCCACUUUUGGCAUCCAAUUCAAAUCGCCAGAGGCUGGUGAUUUUUCGCCAGUUUCGCCAUUGCAUGCAUGGCGAUUUUGCCAAAAUCGCCAAUUUCGCCAAAAUCGCCAUUUUCGCCAAAAUUGCCAGCCUCCAAGGGGCCACUUUUGGCAUCCAAUUCAAAUCGCCAGAGGCUGGUGAUUUUUCGCCAGUUUCGCCAUUGCAUGCAUGGCGAUUUUGCCAAAAUCGCCAAUUUCGCCAAAAUCGCCAUUUUCGCCAAAAUCGCCAGCCUCCAAGGGGCCACUUUUGGCAUCCAAUUCUAAUCGCCAGCAGCUGGCGAUUUUUCGCCAGUUUCGCCAUUUUCGCCAUUGCAUGCAUUUCUGGACAUAAGUGCAAAUUUUACGAGAAUUGUGAUUACACAUUUAAAAUUCAGAAAAAUUUGACAUUCAUUUUCUUGGGCUCCCAUUUUUUUUGUUGUCACUACAGAUGAUUUAUCAGGGUUCAUACAAAAAAUUGCAACCAUUUUUCAAGGACUUUUCAAGGACUUUUCAAGGACCACAUUAGAUUUUCAAGGACAACCUACUAGGAAUAUAAUUUCACAGAUUGUACAAAAAUGCAUAUUCCCAGUAUAUUCUAAUAAGACUUUAAGGUUUUAACUGUUUGCUUCACCAAAUUCUCUACAUUUUUCAGUUCACUUGUCUUAAACUGAUAGUUAAUUAUAGCAUAAAACAUGGAGCACUUUAUGUAAGUGACCUUUACAUUCACUGAGCUACGAUUUAUAUUCUGUCUUGGACAACCAAAAAGCAUCAAAAAAUUCUUUCCAGGCUACUACAUUCAAAGUUGAAGAAAAUUCAAGCUCUUUUCAAGGACUUGAACAGAAAUUUAAGGACUUUUCAAGGAAAAAUGGAAUUCAAGGACUUUUCAAGGACUUCCCCUAAAAUUCAAGGACUUUUCAAGACUGUGCGAACCCUGUUUAUUACAUCUUUAGCCCUUGAAAAAUGUAAGAAAGAAUGCAACAUGCUUUAAAUUAUUAAGGUACAAGAUUUUUGUCCUCUGAAAAUCAAAAUUCCUCAAUAUCCUGGUGGAUUCAAAAUUUUUUUUCAACAUUAUUUUACAUUGUAUCUUUAUCAUGACUGAACUGUAGCAUUGUAAUAGCAUUGGUAUUUUGUUAAUUCCUAUGUUUUAUUUGCAAAAUAAAAUUAAAUGUGUUACUGGUUCACUUUUUUAGAAAAUACAUAGUUUUUUGUUUUGAACUGAACACAUGGGGGAGGGGUGAGGCAGUGGUCAGAGCACUCGACUCCCAUCAAUUUGGCCUGGUUUCAGGUCUUGCCAUGUAUGCCAUAUAUGGGUUAGGGACCGGUCGCCUGGGUGCGGGGUCGGAGGAUUUUAGAGGGGAUUACCUGUUUUUUGGGAGAACAAAAGGGGCCAUCAGUUGUAACUGAGAAUCCAAAAGCGGGGAUCGCUGAAAUCUUCGGAAGGAUUCAGAGUGGGGACCACUCAAAUUUGCUUGGAAAAUGAAGACAUCGUGGGGGGGGGAUCGUGAAAGUCAUCAAAGUUAUUAGGGGGGAUCACUUCAGUGAAGUAACACUCAAAGGGGGUAUCGGCUAACUUUCCUCUUGUUUUGCCUCAAAUCCUCCCCCCACCCCCGGAGAUAAACAAUGACCUGUCCCUUAGACCUGGUUAGCAGUGAACGCGCUAAAUUAUUGAAAAUCGCGACCCGCGAGGAAGGUGUCCCAUGCGCGGUGCUCUGUUUGUUUCGCGCGUCACCUUUCUCGCGGGUGGUGAGGAAAAUGACAGAAUACUCGUAGUCAGAUUGUUAAGGCUAUUUUCUCUCCUGACUGUUUUACCGCAAAAAAAAUAAUAAAGCAUUGUUAUGGAACUCUGGCGUCGAGUUUUCCCUGGAAGCAAAGAAGCUAAGCGAUGUAUAAAAUCUGUCAUUUAAAAUUACUUUAAAUGACAGAUUUUUAAGGAGUGAACAGAUAAGCAAGAAAUCCCGCAGGAAAUCCCGAGCGGGCUAGAUUACUGUGAAACUCAGAAAACCGUGAACACGUGAAAAAUUUCAGGUAUUUAGCAGGAGAGUACUAUUUGGGGACACUAUUUUUACACGGGACCGCCAUUUUACGUGGUCAUCCGAGGCACGCAAAGGUCUAGCCGCUUACAGGUUAAAAAGUACCUUCAUAUCUCAGUUAUUUUAAGACCUUGAGUAUUGUUGGUUUUCACAUGACGUCACUAAAAUUCAAACUAGUGAGCUAACCCUGCACGGCCAAUCACAAUAAAGUUUAGGAUACGAAAGGAAUCCUCAAAACCACAAACUAAUUACCAUUGGUGUUUGCGGUUUAGUUAUCUCGCGCCUUAUUGGCUAAUUUCUCGCAACACAAUAACAUGCCAUAAAUAUUUCUGGUGUUGAAAUUGGAAAGAUCUUCCCUAUAAUGGCAAAGUGAGCACGAGAGGGACAUACCGCUUUCACGAACUUAAACUUCAAGCCGUUUCUGGACACGCCAAUAAGACGGGGAUGAGGUCACUUUUAACAGUAACCGAGACCCUCGCUGGUACUCUCGGAGGGUUAAAGAAACACUUAACAGCAUCAAUAGGGACAGUGGAAUUGAGAAUUCUCGGCUGCUACGAGGAUGCCUACAGUCAGACACCGAUCAGUACAACAGGACAGCGGACCGCUGA